AUGUCGUCAAAUAAUGAACUUUUGUUGCAUUUAGUAUCCCAAUUAAAUGCGCAACAGCGAGCGGCGGCACUCUUUGACUGUACAAAAGGUCUACAAGUUAUAGCCGGCCCCGGUACAGGGAAGACUAAAGUUUUAACUUCUAGAGUAGCCUAUCUUAUUCUGCACCACCACAUCGCUCCUCGUGAUAUUAUAGUGACCACUUUUACCAACAAAGCUGCUAACGAGAUGAAAGAGCGUCUGCAGGAAAUGUUACGCGAUACAGAUGUCAAUGCGUCGGAGCUUCUAAUUGGCACUUUCCAUAGUAUCUGCCUGAAGAUACUGUAUAGGUUUGGACACUUGGUAGACCUACAGAAGGAGUGGAGAAUCAUUGAUGAAAAGGAAAUAGAUAUAAUUUUGGAUGAUAUGAUAGAAAAAGUUCCCGAUCAAAUAAGAGACUAUGCCUCCUCCAUCACGAGGAAAGUAAAUUUAUGUAUGCCGAAGAAGAAUGGUGAUGAAUGGAGCAUUCAUCCAAAACUUAUUAAGAAACAAAUUUCAAGACUCAAAUCAAAUGCAAUACUACCUGAAGAAUACAUUCUAGACUCGAACCAUGACGCUGCAUUGGCCUAUUUUUACCAAAUCUAUCAAUCAGAACUGAGCAAGAAGAAUACUUUAGACUUUGAUGACUUGUUGAUGUACACGUUCCGUUUGCUGACUAGAGAGCGUGUUUUAUCAAACAUAAAGCAUGUUUUGGUUGAUGAAUUUCAAGACACUAAUGGUAUCCAAUUAGACUUAAUGUUUCUUUUCGCAAAAGGAAACCAUCAUCUUUCGAGAGGUAUGACCAUUGUGGGUGAUCCCGAUCAAAGCAUAUAUGCCUUCCGAAACGCUCUGGCCCAUAAUUUCUUAGAAAUGGGUAGGAAGUGCCCCAUCGAGUAUUCAACUAUUGUACUCGUAGAAAAUUAUCGUUCCUCCCAGAAGAUUUUAAACACAAGUGAAAUCUUGAUAACGCAACAGAACAAAGGCCGUCAGAAUAGGGCUCCACUUCGUGCCCAAUUCGAUCUGGAUUUCCCACCAGUCUAUACGAAUUUUCCCGCUUAUUUUUUGGAGGCACCUUCCUUAGUUCGAGAACUACUAUAUCUGAAGGCCUUACCAAACUUGUUUACGUUUAAUGACUUUGCGAUUCUAGUAAGGCAACGAAGGCAAAUUAAGAGAAUCGAAAGUGCAUUAAUAGAACACCGAAUACCCUAUAAGAUCAUAAGAGGUCACACCUUUUGGGAUUCAAAAGAAACAAGAGCCAUGUUGAAUUUGCUAAAACUGAUAUUUUCUCCCAACGAUAAACACGCAAUUUUGGCUUCACUUUUGUACCCAGCAAGAGGCCUCGGUCCUACUACUGGUGAAAAGAUCAAAAGCGCCUUAGAUACACUGGCCACGGAGGUGUCAUGUUUUCGAAUAUUAAAAGACAUCAGUGAUAAAAAAAUAAUGCUGGAUAUACCGACAAAGGGUCGUUCUGUUAUAGCAGAUUUCAUUUCAAUGAUUGAAACCUGUCAGUUGCUGUUAAAAGGUACUCUAUUAGGGGGUCUCACUGAUCUAUUUGAUAAACUGUAUGAAUUGUCAGGUUUGAAGUACGAAUACUUAUACAAGGAUGGUAAAAAAAAAACGGCACAACUUGAAAAAUCCGAGCCUAAUUUAUUGAAUGUGAGGCAUAAGAAUAUUGAGCUUUUGAAGAAUUAUUUCUUAGCUCUUCUUAACAAGUCAAAAUCCUCACAUAAGGAAAAAAGUGAAAGUAGGAAUGAAACAACAGAUGGUGACGACCCAGUAGACGAUAAAGGUAUUAGUCCAAAGGAAUAUCUCCGUAAUUUUUUCAACUCACUGUCUCUUCACUCGGAUGCUGCUGAUGAAGAAGAGUCGAAGUCCAAUAAAAGUGCCAGGGCGAAUCGUGAAAAAAAUGGCUUUGUCACAAUAUCUACAAUCCACGGCGCUAAAGGCCUUGAAUGGCCAGUAGUUUUUAUUCCUGGAUGCGAAGAAGGGAUCAUUCCUUGCGUGUUCAACGACGAUAAAAAAGACGAAUCGGAAGAAGACGAGGAGGAGGACUCAGACAAUAUUAAAAAAAGUACGAGCCCAAAAAAGAGUAGAGUUUUAUCUGUGGAGGAUUCUAUAGAUGAAGAGAGGAGAAUGUUUUUCGUCGCACAAACCCGUGCCAAAUAUCUUUUGUACUUGUCAAACACUACAACAGUAGAGGAUGUCGAUAGGCCACGCAUAGCAAGCCGGUUUCUGACUACCGAUUUAGUAAAAGCCAUGUCCGAUAGUCAAAAAUUAUUUGAGAGUACAGAUAGUAUCGAAAAGUUAUAUCGUAUUUUGAACAAAAAACCACCGGCCCAAGAUAAUGAUUUCUUUUCCCUCGAUCAGUUACGCAAAGACUAUGACCAAUUCAUUGGGAACAGAAGGGAAAGAAUGAUUUGGCAAGGAAUACAAAUGAAUGAUAUCUAUGGGAUACAAUUGUCUAGAAAUAAACUAUCAGCCUCUGUGAACGAUUUCACAUCAGCUGCAGACCAGUUGCGGCUAGAAAUGGACAACUCUAUGUCGCCACAAAGGAAACUUAAUCCAAGACCAUCACCUAGCAGAUCCAGUGGAAAUUACGCUCCGAGAAAUAAACUUAAGAGUCCAGAAAAAAGAUACGCUCCAGAAACUAUAUCAUAUGUUUCUCCAGUCAAGAAGAGGUUAUACGCACCUCGAUACGAUAUAACGAACGGCGUGCCUAGUCGGCAAGAGUUUCAUUCUGCUACUGGGAAGAACAUUACCUAUUUGAAAAGAGAGAACGGGUCAAUUACAGACAUCUCUCCAAAAUCAUCAACAAGAUCGCUAAGAGGAGCAUCACCAAGUAGAACGAGCUAUAUUUCAGAUGAUGGACAAUCACCGACAAGGCCCUUGAAGAAAAAAAUCGCUAGUAAUGUUCAUGUUCCAAUUGCAGGCGUUUUUAGAGUGGAAUCCCAUCCGAAUAAUAACGAACAGUGCACAAGAUACUUCGAUAAAUCAGGCCAUUCGCUUACCUCAAGCGGAUCUUUCAACGUCUCCAGCAGAAGUAGUAACUUCGAUCAGUCAAAAAACCUGAUACAAGAUAUCAGGAACGAAUUGGAUUUAUCCGAUGAUGAGUUGUUGAACGAUAUAUCAAUAGAGAGGAGAAGAGAGAUUAUACAUUCACAAAUCACAAAGAAAGGAAAGUCAAGAUCUCGUGUUAGAAAAUCCAAAGCAGGCGGCGAAAUAAAGAUUGAGGAAGUGAUAGAUUCAAAGAGUGAGUUUGAGGAGGAUGAUAGCAGAAACACAACUGCAGCCGAGUUAUUACAUAAUCCAGAUGACACCAGAGUAGACAACCGUCCAAUUAUCUCGAACGCUAAAUUUCUGGCCGAUGCAGCAAUGAAAAAGACGCAGAAACUUUCUAAAAAGGUUAAAGAUGAACCUGCAUCAAGUCAAAUGGAUAUAUUUUCUCAGCUGACGCGAGCAAAAAAGAAAUCGAAAUUGAAUAAUGGUGAAAUUAUAGUUAUCGAUUAA